AUGAGGAAUCAGUGAAGUAAAACACAACCUUUCCUUGUUUUUCAGACCGACGGGAGGGAAGCGAGGACGUGGGAGCGAUGCAAGGCGCUCGGGGCAACACGGAGGAGAUGAAAGGAGGAGAAAAGCUGACGAUGGUGGAAGGGGACAGAGGGAAGAUCCCAAGGCCCCUUCCCCUGCUCCUGCUGCUGCUUCUGCUGUCCCUAGCCGGAGGAGCCACGGCAGAAGGGGCCGACAAGAAGCUCUUCGUCCGCCAGUCCUCGGGUUGGCGCUGCGGCACGGCGGCCGCUGAUGCUGAGGUCGCCUCCCUCGUGCAGUGUGCUGCCCUCUGCGCCCGAGAGACGACCUGCUCGGGCUUCAGCCUGGGGGCGGCGGGGGCUCCGGAAGGCGGGCGGAGGAGGGCGUGUCACCCGGUCGCGUCCCACUCGCCGUGCCACAUCGACCCCGCCUUCAACUUUUACGUCGCCGACACGCAACAGAAGACGGAUGUAGGAGGGACGACAACCACUCUCACGACGACGGAAGAGGCAGUACAGACGACAACUACCUCUGUAGCUACGACAGAAGCAACGGGGACGGCCACCACGCCUGCUUCCACACUACCAGAAGCAGGGGCGACGACCAGCAAUCCUGCAGCCGCGACGGAGGGGCAAGAAGAGGCGACCAGUGCAGCAACGACAGGUCCCACAGCGCCUCCGACAGAAGCAACGGGGACGGCCACCACGCCUGCUUCCACACUACCAGAGAGAAAAUGA